AUGAAAAGAGCACAACAUAUCGGGGAUGCACUACGAAAUAACACAACACUCACCACACUGAAUCUCUUCAACAACGGAAUCGGAGCUGAAGGAGCACAACAUCUCGGUGAAGCACUACGAAUUAACACAACACUCACCAGACUAGAUCUAGGAUGCAACAGAAUCGGAAAUGAAGGAGCACAACAUUUCGGCGAUGCACUACGAAAUAACACAGUAGUAGUCACUCACUCUUCAACUAUUUCACAUUAA